UAUUGUGUGCUGAUAUUACUUUCCAAAAAUGUAAAUCAAAUGAGAGAGAAAGUUCCGAAUAACUGUAAUCUCGUGACUAAAUUAUUCACGAGAAUUUUUGUCAAGUGAGAGAUUAGACGUCACCGAUAAGGAAUACUUAUUUCAUUUAUUCUUGUCUUUGCAAUAUUUUAAUGCUUAUAAAUAUGAAUUAACGUAAAGAGAAUUAUUUCACUCUACUUGCAUCCCAUUGUCUCUAAUUUAUUUCUCCUAUUCGAAAAAAAAAGGACUACAGGUUAAAAUGAAAUUUUUUAUUCUACUUACCUCAUGCAUAGCUACAGCUAUGUGCUUAUCAUUUCCAUUCAAAGCUGAACUGAAUGAACACUGGAAUCUAUACAAGGAACUGUUUGGAAAGACGUAUGUUGGGCUAGAAGAAGUACAAAGACGAUUGAUAUGGGAAGAGAGGAUUGCUGAUAUUGUAAAACAUAACCUUAGAGCAGACUUGGGAAUACACUCGUUUACAAGAGGAGUCAACAAAUAUUCAGAUUUGAGUCACGAAGAAUAUAUGCAAUCUCUGAAUGGUUUCAAAGUGAGCGAUGAAGGGCAUCAUAAAAACGUAUCAGAAUGGAUUCCUCUGAAGGAUGCUGAUGUUCCUGCAGAAGUUGACUGGAGGAAAGAGGGUCUUGUAACAAAAGUCAAAGACCAGGAAGAUUGUGGAGCAUGUUGGGCAUUUUCUUCAACAGGUGCCUUAGAAGGUCAAAAUAUGAGAAAAACUGGAAAACUUGCAUCUCUGAGCGAACAAAAUCUAAUAGAUUGUGUAAAAGAAAACGAUGGUUGUGGUGGAGGAUUUAUGGAUCCAGCAUUUGAAUACGUAAAAGGAAAUCAGGGUAUUGACACAGAAGAGUCAUACGAAUACAAAAAUAAGGUUGGUUCCUGCAUUUUUAAAAAAGAAUACAUUGGAGCUACAUGUACCGGACAUGUAGAUAUUCCUACCGGAGAUGAAGAAGCUUUAAGACAAGCUGUUGCAACUGUCGGACCUAUUUCAGUUGGCAUCAAUGCGCAUCAUGAAGAAUUUCAUACAUACCGAAGUGGUAUUUAUGACCAACCUGAUUGUAAAAACAAACUCUACGAUCUUACACAUGCAGUAUUAGUAGUAGGAUACGGAAGCGAAAAUGGAGUAGACUACUGGCUAGUCAAAAACAGUUGGGGAUUAUCUUAUGGUAUGAAUGGUUAUAUUAAAAUGUCAAGGAACAAGGAUAAUCAGUGUGGCAUAGCUACUUUUGCUAGCUAUCCUUUAGUUUGAAGAACUUGAAAAUGCAUUUUCAAUUACAUAUUUAUUUAUUUAUAUACAUAAAAUCAUUUUCACUACAUUUUAUUGUUCAAUACAAUGCAUUAUAUGUUGUAUUAUUUAUUAGAAGCAUUUCAUGCAAUUCAUUGUAAAUAAAAUAUGCCAAAAUAUAAAUA